GCGAGAGAAAGAGAGAGAGAGAAGAGAGAGAAAAACAGAGAGAGAGGAGAGAGAGAGAGAGAAAAAGAGAAAAGGGAGUAAGAGAGCGAAAAACCCCCCUCGAGAGAGAGAGGGACAGAGUAAAACCGAGAGAGAGAAAGAGAGAGAGAGAGAGAGACCACCGCCUUUAGCUUCGAUUUGACCAUCGCAAAGAGAGACUGUGCGUGUGCAACAAUCCGGUGCCUCUGUUCAUCGUCGUCGUCAUCAUCGUCAGUCGUGGUGAACGUGUGCGAAAAAAAAAAUAAUAAUAAUAAUAAUCGACGAUGUCCAAUGUCAAUAUCUCGGGUGCCUAUUCGCGAGUUAUUAUUAUGUGAUAUAACACUAUUUACUAUACAACGCCCAGUGUGUCCUGCCGCAGAGGGAAUAGAAAGAGAGAGAGAAAGAACCCUCCAAGAUAUAAUGUCACCUAGACACGGAUUCUACAUCCCUCAAAAUCAUCAUCAUCAUCACCAUCAAUAUGAUUCCCUCUGUCAAAAUUCAUUUUUACGACAAUGACAACAUUUUUUUUCUCUCAAAACACUGCCAGUUUUCUUGAUAUAAUACCAAUAAGCUGCCUAAAAACCACUAUUGCCGCCAAGGUGUAGAGUGAUGGAAAGUGAGAAGAUUUGAAAAAAAAAAAUAACCGAGUGCAGCAAAACGAAGCAACAGAUUGGAAUCUAGAAAUUUUUUGUGUCACGGAUCGCUUAUCAAGACGGUAGAGUAUUAUACCUUUUCCUAGCAAAAGGACUUCCACUUGUCACAACACACAAAGUCGUGGAGUGCUUCAUCAUCGCCGGGCACAAUGGCUUGGAAAUUGUUUGAGCACGAACGAUGGCCGAUUCACGCGGCUUCAAACCAAUAAAUCAACUGUGGAGUGUUGCGUCAGGAGUGGCAUCAUCGGACAUUGAUUCCGAGUGUCUUUAUGAGGAUAUAUCGAGUCUCUCGGGUCCUCAGGAUUCAGAGGAGGGUCCCCGUAUAAUUCCACGUAAUUUUAUUGAACAACAACAACGUGUACGUCGUAGCAAAAGAAAAGAAGACGGACGUACAACAAGAAGAAAAAUUAUAAAUAACGGCACAAGUGCUGCUACUACUGGCGUUGGUAUUGAUAAUAACGUAACGUCCAGGGUGGAGGAUAAAUAUGGAGUUCGAGGCAGUUAUGGGGAGUCUGGGCCUCAUGCCGCAUUUGAUGCGGGUUCAACAACACUCAAGCUGACGAGAGGGCGAAAAGUUUCAUCUCGAUAUCUUCAAACAACAACCACCACCACGACUACCACGUAUCAUCACGGGGGACGGAUUCCCCGCUUUAGUUCUAGACCAACGCGUCAUCAUUUUGCCCGCAGCCCAUUCAGUAAUGAGACGCAGGAAGAAGUACAAGAGGACGACGAAGCCACUCUUAGAGAGUUGCUUGUAAGUCUGCAGAAACAGGUCAGCGUUAUGAGUAUGAACUUGAGUGCCAAGCUGGAUGAGCUGCAGCAACGGGGUGACCGUCAACUAGAAACGACUGUCGCCCUAUGUGAGAUACGCACGCAACUGCAGGAGCUGACAAAAAGUGUCGAGUCCUGUCAAAGCGAGGUCAGCGAAGUCAAGAGAGACAUGGUCGCGAUUAAGCACGAAUUAGAUACAGUGCAGCAGGUAAAGGAAGAAAUAGAAGAAUUAAGAGAAUAUGUAGAGCGUCUAGAAGAGCAUACGCAUAGGAGAAAACUACGACUUCUAGAACAGGGGUUGACGUUUUUCCUUUCGUAUGCUAUACUAGCUGCUGUGCUGGGAAUGCUGCAGUUCGGAUACAAUACUGGCAUCAUUAAUUCACCGGAAAAGAAUAUUGAGAGUUUCAUGAAAGAUGUACAUAAAGCAAGGUAUGGAGAAGACAUGUCAGACAGUACAGCCAACAAUUUAUAUUCACUGGCAGUCAGUAUAUUUGCCAUCGGAGGAAUGCUUGGAGGAUUUAGUGGGGGAACAAUUGCUAACAGAUUUGGCAGAAAAGGAGGCUUAUUGCUAAACAACGUGCUGGGCGUCGUAGGGGCAUGCCUCAUGGGCUUCACAAAAAUUGCCCAUUCAUAUGAAAUGUUGUUCUUUGGCCGUUUUAUCAUAGGUGUGAAUUGUGGUUUAAACACAUCAUUGGUUCCAAUGUACAUAUCGGAGAUAGCACCAUUGAACCUAAGAGGCGGCCUAGGCACGGUGAACCAGCUCGCUGUUACGGUGGGCCUCCUAGUCUCCCAGGUGCUGGGUAUAGAACAAAUUCUUGGUACAAAUGAUGGCUGGCCUGUUCUUUUGGGACUUGCCAUUUGUCCUGCCAUUUUACAACUAUUACUCCUGCCAAUUUGUCCAGAAUCACCGAGAUAUUUACUUAUAACCAAACAAUGGGAAGAGGAGGCAAGAAAAGCUUUAAGAAGAUUAAGAGCUAGUAAUCAAGUAGAGGAAGAUAUUGAAGAAAUGAGAGCAGAAGAAAGAGCUCAACAGGCAGAAUCGACAAUUUCAAUGACGGAAUUAAUAUGCAGUCCAACAUUGAGGGCGCCACUUGUCAUUGGAAUUGUAAUGCAACUUUCGCAACAACUAUCCGGAAUUAAUGCUGUAUUUUACUAUUCAACGAGUUUGUUUAUAAGCUCGGGCUUAACGGAAGAGAGUGCCAAGUUUGCUAACAUUGGUAUAGGAUCAAUUAUGGUUGUAAUGACAAUCGUUUCCAUUUUCCUCAUGGACAGAACUGGGAGGCGAACAUUACAUUUGUAUGGUCUCGGUGGAAUGUUUAUCUUUUCCAUAUUCAUCACAAUCUCCUUCCUCAUAAAGGAGUUUUUUGGUUACGUACAGGAAAUGAUUGACUGGAUGUCCUAUCUUUCGGUGGUAUCAACGCUCAGUUUUGUAAUGUUCUUUGCCGUGGGGCCUGGUUCCAUUCCCUGGAUGAUAACAGCCGAACUUUUCUCCCAAGGACCAAGGCCUGCAGCCAUGUCCAUUGCUGUACUUGUCAAUUGGAUGGCUAAUUUUGUGGUUGGAAUUGGUUUUCUAAAAAUGAAGAGUGCUCUUGAAAACUACACGUUCCUGCCGUUUAGUGCAUUUCUAGCCAUCUUUUGGAUCUUUACAUAUAAAAAAGUCCCGGAAACGAAAAAUAAGACAUUCGAAGAAAUUUUAGCAUUAUUCAGGCACAAUAAUGGCAGGAGCAGUUUGCGGGAUAGUAGACUUUAUGGGAGCAUGCUAAACUGUGUGAAUGCGUUAGAGGGACACAUACCACCAGCAGAGAGCGCAGCCCUGAUGGUGGCCGAGGAGAAGCCACAUCCUGAUUCAUUUGUAUUUGCAGCUGGCUCAGAGCGCUCUUCCGUCGCACCCGCUCAACCCGAGAGGCCACCGCCCCCGCUUCCCCCGCCACGCUGUCCGAACAGCGGUGUCUGACAAUGGGAAACUCCUCUUAAUAUUGGGAAUCUGAUGAUAAUGAAUACACCGAACCCAUUGCCAUUACUAUUUAAUGCAAACAGCCUCAAUUUAGAGUACCAGCUUUACGAAUUAAUUAUACAGCGUAGUAAAGCCUGUUCUGCAUUUAUAAAACGAAAUUUACGUCGUAAAUCAACGGAAAACACGUCAUGGAGUGUGAAUUUCGACAGACAAUGUAUAGAAUAUUAAAAAAAAAGGACCUUUAGGUGUUUUUUUUUAGAAAAAAAAACAGUGCCUACUGUCCAAAGAGUGUCACAUUAAAUUCGAUUUUAAAGAGUACAUAUUAUAAUUCUAAUAAUACUAAUAUUGCAUUCGAAAGACUUUUUAUCUAAAAACACGUAUAAAAAAAAAAAUUCUCGUAUGCACAUAUAUAAAUAUAGUGUGUAUAUUUUGUUUUUCUUUUUAAUUUCCACAUCAAAAAUUGUAGAUAUAUCGAGGAAUAUAUGAGGAAUAUAAUUAAUGAAUGAUCAAAUUAUAAAUAAUUUAAUGUAUGAGAGAGAGAGAAAAUGUUGAGAAAAUACUGUCAACGCGCAGUGCUGUACAAAUUCAGCGUUUAAUUAUGUAUAUCUAUAUAUAUAUAUAUAAAAAAUAUAAUGACUAGGAAAGAAAAAAUUUUUAAGUUUGAAAAACUAAAAAAGGAAAAAGGACACGAAAAUUAUAUUUGUGUCUAAAAUAAUAUUAGUUAGAAAAAUUGUCUCGUAAGCAGGUCGUAUACAGACGAAACAUGGAGCUGGACUCUUCCUUAAAAAAAAAAACUAGCAUUUUUGCAUUAAUUUAAAAAAAAAAAAAAAUUAACAACAAAAAAUUUUAAUUUUUUUUUUUCGUAUAAAGUAAGAUUUUUCGGAAGCAACCCCUAAACGUUAGGAUGGCUUAUAUUAUAAUUAAACAAUUUUAAAAUAAUAUUGUAAUUAAAAUUUAAUUGUUAAGAUUUUUAAAAACGAAAAUCAAUAUAUAAAAAAUAUUUUUUAAGACUAGAUUUAAUUUAAAAAAAGAAAAAGAAAAUCAUGUUCCGUCAGUGUACUCCCAAUUUAUGGAACAUUAAUUAUUCUGUUUCCUAAAUUGUAAGUAUCGUUUACCAUUUGGGUAAAAUCAUGCACUCUUAUCUCUUCAAAAAAAAAAAGACCUGUUCGACAGAUGCUCAAAGGUUUUUUAGGUCUAUAACAAUUAUUAUCUAACUUGUAACUUUAUAUCUCUGCGACUAUUCUUUUUAACAUAAUUCCAAACCAGUAUUGAAAAAAAUAUAUAUUACCACUCGAAGGUCAUGAAUAGUUUCAAUGUAUGAAAAAAAAAAAAAAAAAAAUCUCUCGGGAAAGUUCUUUGUGCCUAGAUUUAUUAAAAAAAAAAACUCGAACUAGAUUAUUAAAAUUUAUCACCUCUAUAAAAAAAAAAAUUCAAUAAAAAUUUAGUUUUUUUUUUAUAUAACUAUUUAAAAAUGCGUCGUUUUGUGAAUUUUUGAGAAAAUUUGAAACAAAAUUUCCAAUGUCAAUAAAAAAAAAAAAUUCGUCAAUAUUCGGGAUUAGAACGAAAUAAUAGAUAUUUUACGUCACAAAAAAAUAUCAUUGUCACGGAAUUAUUGUCAGUUAAAAAAUUAGCAAAAAUACAAUUUUUUGGGGACAAUUUUUAAAUUAUAUAGCGAAUAAGUUGAUGACAAAUCGACCAAUUAAAUAAUUUAAUGUAAUUGAGAAAAAUCCCAUCUCAAAAAAUUGAAAAACUAUAAAAAUAAUUUUCCUAUACAAUAUUGUGGAAUUAUCAAAGAAAACCUCUCGAGAUUUAUAUAUAUAUAUAUAUAUAACGAAAAAAGUGUAAAAAAAAAAAUGUGGUACAUAUAUAGAAGAAUAACGAAUGUUUAAGACACUGAGACAAUUGAACCCAUAUUUAGGUACAUAACAUAUUUUACAACAAAGAAAAGAAAAAAUCACACAAUUGUGCGCCUAAAAAUUUUCUCAUUAUAAAGGUGAUAUAACACUUCUUCAUUAAAAAGAGAAUCGCAUUUUUAAUUAACGAAAAUUGCUAAGAGAUGUAAUUUAAUAGUACAUAAGUUGGAAUUUAGGAAAAUUUUAAAUAAAGAAAAGUACCAUACAAUUCUAAAAAAAAAAAAGAAACGAGAAAACGAAAGAAAAUUUUGUGACAACAGAAUUCUUUUUAAUCGAAUAAAAUAAAACUUCAACUUCUAGAUUCGGGAUUCCCAAAAAAAAAAAAAGUAAAAAAGAAAAAAAAAUGCGUGCGAAUCUUGGAUAGGUAGAAUUAUAUAAAAUUAUUGUAAAAAAAAAGAAAGAAAGAAGAUCGCUCAAAACUUUUUAAAUAAAAAAUACAACUACACACAAUUUGCCUAUAUCGGUAUUUAUGUGAAAGAAAGAAAAAACAAAAAUACUGACUGAAGAACUGCAGUAGUUGUAAUAAACAUCGUUAUAAAGGAAAAAAAAAACGACUUGAUUAUGUAUUCUUAAGUAUCAAAUAAAUAUCAGUCGUAAAAUUUAAUGUAUAACAUCUUAUAAUUGAUCUUCUUUGGAGAACAUCUGCCAUUUUAUAUCAAUAAUAACAAAAGAACUGUAUAAGUAA